AUGAGAUGGCCGGCUCUGAGCGUAUAUGGAGAUCUCUUCUUCCUCCCGAAGAAACCUGCACAACGACGCCAUUCUCGUCUUCGUCAUAAACUUGUGCGGCGGCAAUCUUCCACUGUUCGAGUCCAACCAAUCUUCACCGUCUUUGUAAUCGCCGUCGUCAUCAUCUAUGCUUCUCCGGCGAUUAUCACGGCUAUAGUUCACGGAGAAUCUUCGACCAUGAUGCUACGACGCCGGAACGACGCCGGAACAACGCCGGACGACGACAAUACCACACGUGGACAGCAGCCCAAGUGA